AUGACUUUCGAAUUAGAAACCAUUUUCGAGGGUGAUUACAUAUGGAUCGAGCCGGUGUCCGGGCGCGAGUUCGACGUGGCCAUAGGCGCGCGCGUUCUCGCAGCCGAGGGUCGGCGGAUACGCGUGCGAGAUGACGACGGCCAGGAGCAGUGGCUGCCGCCGGAGCGCCGCAUCAAAGCCAUGCACGCCACCUCUGUGCACGGCGUGGAGGAUAUGAUCUCCCUCGGCGACCUGCAUGAGGCCGGUAUCCUAAGGAACCUGCUCAUUCGGUACAAUGAGAACCUCAUCUACACUUAUACGGGUUCAAUAUUGGUAGCGGUGAAUCCAUACCAAAUAUUACCAAUUUACACUGCGGACCAAAUUAAGUUAUACAAAGAAAGAAAAAUUGGCGAACUGCCGCCACAUAUAUUCGCAAUUGGCGAUAAUGCGUAUGCGCACAUGCGACGGUAUGGCCAAGAUCAAUGCAUUGUAAUCAGUGGAGAAUCCGGCGCAGGCAAGACUGAAUCCACAAAAUUAAUUCUGCAGUAUCUGGCAGCGAUAAGUGGGAAACACUCUUGGAUUGAGCAACAGAUCCUGGAAGCCAAUCCCAUUUUGGAAGCCUUUGGUAACGCAAAAACCGUGCGGAACGACAACUCUUCGCGUUUCGGAAAAUAUAUCGAUAUUCAUUUCAAUAGCAAUGGUGUUAUAGAGGGUGCUAAAAUAGAACAAUAUUUACUAGAGAAAUCAAGAAUCGUCUUCCAAGGAACAGAUGAAAGGAAUUAUCAUGUAUUCUAUUGUCUAUUGGCUGGUUUAUCUAGAGACGAGAAGAAGAAGUUGGAUUUAGGGGAGCCUUCGGAAUACCGGUAUUUAUCAGGAGGCAACAGCUUCACAUGUGAAGGCAGAGAUGAUGCAGCUGAGUUUGCAGACAUCCGAUCUGCGAUGAAAGUUUUGCUGUUCACCGAAUCUGAGAUAUGGGAAAUAUUAAAAUUGUUGGCUGCAGUGUUACACUGUGGAAACAUCAAAUACGAGGCAACUGUCGUAGACAAUUUGGAUGCAACUGAAAUCAUAGAACAGGCUAACGUUAAAAGAGUGGCGAGUUUAUUAGGUGUACCAACUCAAACUUUAAUUCAAGCUUUGACACGAAAAACAUUGUUUGCCCACGGAGAAACCGUUGUGUCAACACUAAGUAGAGACCAAUCUGUUGAUAUUAGAGAUGCUUUCGUUAAAGGAAUUUACGGUCGUCUAUUCGUAACUAUUGUCAGGAAAAUAAACGCAGCUAUUUAUAAACCUAAAGCUACUAUGCGGACAGCGAUAGGAGUUCUAGAUAUAUUCGGGUUUGAAAACUUUGACCAAAACAGUUUCGAACAGUUUUGUAUAAAUUUCGCUAACGAAAACCUGCAGCAAUUUUUCGUUAGGCAUAUAUUUAAACUAGAACAAGAGGAAUACAAUCACGAGGGCAUAAAUUGGCAACAUAUAGAAUUCGUUGAUAAUCAAGAUGCUUUAGAUUUAAUCGCUCUGAAACAGUUAAACAUAAUGGCAUUAAUAGAUGAGGAAUCAAAAUUCCCGAAAGGCACAGAUCAAACUAUGUUAGCUAAGUUACAUAAAACUCACGGUCUACACAGAAAUUACCUCAAACCGAAGUCAGAUAUUAAUACUAGCUUUGGCUUAAAUCAUUUCGCCGGUAUAGUAUUUUACGACACCCGAGGAUUCCUUGAAAAAAAUCGAGACACAUUCAGCGCUGACUUGUUACAGUUAAUUCAUAUUUCAACAAAUAAGUUUUUACAACAAAUAUUCCAAGAAGACAUAAUUAUGGGAUCUGAAACAAGAAAACGGACGCCUACGCUAUCAACCCAGUUCAAGAAAUCUUUAGAUUUGUUAAUGAGAACCCUAGGAUCCUGUCAACCAUUUUUCAUUCGCUGUAUAAAGCCAAACGAAUUUAAGAAACCCAUGAUGUUCGAUCGCGGUCUAUGUUGUCGACAACUUAGGUAUUCUGGAAUGAUGGAAACCAUUAGAAUAAGGCGAGCUGGAUAUCCAAUUAGGCACAGUUUUAAGGAAUUCGUAGAACGAUACAGAUUUUUGAUAUCAGGAGUUCCCCCAGCUCAUAAAACAGACUGCCGGGCUGCAACAGCGAAGAUUUGUGCUACUGUACUAGGUAAAUCUGACUAUCAAUUGGGUCACACUAAAGUAUUUCUAAAGGAUGCGCACGAUUUAUUCCUUGAGCAAGAAAGAGACAGAGUACUGACAAGAAAAAUUUUAAUAUUACAAAGAUCUAUUCGCGGAUGGGUGUAUAGAAGAAGAUUUUUGAAACAAAGGGCAGCUGCCGUUUUGAUUCAGCGCCAUUGGCGAGGAAAGCUGCAAAGAAUUCGGUAUAACAAGAUGAAGGUGGGAUACGCUAGAUUGCAGGCUUUGAUUCGUGCUAGGGUAUUGGCUCAUCGAUUCCGACAUUUACGUGGACACAUUGUUUCGUUGCAAGCCGCAGCUCGUGGGUAUCUCGUUCGACGCUCCUACGGUCACAAGAUGUGGGCAAUCGUCAAAAUCCAGAGCCACGUUCGCUGCCUUAUCGCUAUGCGGCGGUAUCGAAGACUGAAGCAGGAAGCUAUUGCUCAUAAUGAGGCGUUGCGCCUGCGCAGGCAGGAAGAGCAGCGAUUACAGCACCAGGGUAACACGCGAGCGAAGGAGAUAGCAGAACACAACUACAGGGAACGCAUGUAUGAAUUGGAGCGACGUGACGCUGAGUUGGCUCUAGAAGAAAAGCGGCAAUUAGAAGCAAAGAGGACUUUGUUACAAGAAGCAGCCCGAAAGCAGGACGAACCAGUAGAUGACAGUAAACUAGUGGAGGCGAUGUUUGAUUUCCUGCCUGACUCCAGUAGUGAAGCACCGGCGCCUAAGGACACAUCUAUAUUUAGUGAUUUGCCACAAUUGCGAGCUGAUCAACAAGAGAUGGUAACGCCUAUGCAAACAACGUCAGAAGAUGAAGAGGAUCUCUCGGAAUUCAAAUUCCAAAAAUUUGCGGCAACGUAUUUCCAAGGCAAUGUCACACACCAAUAUUCUAAAAAACCACUUAAACAUCCACUGUUGCCGCUUCACACACAGGGAGAUCAAUUAGCUGCCCAAGCAUUAUGGAUUACUAUUUUACGAUUUACUGGAGACCUACCAGAGCCAAGAUACCACACAAUGGACAGAGAUAAUACCUCAGUGAUGUCUAAAGUAACUGCAACACUUGGCAGAAACUUUAUAAGGUCUAAAGAAUUCCAAGAAGCGCAAAUGAUGGGUGUUGACCCUGAGGCUUACCUCAACAAACAAAAGCCAAGAUCGAUUAGGCACAAGUUAGUUUCCUUAACACUGAAGAGGAAAAACAAACUAGGAGAAGACGUCAGGCGAAAAUUACAGGACGAAGAAUAUACAGCUGACAGUUACCAAUCAUGGCUGGAAUCCAGGCCGACGUCCAAUUUAGAGAAACUACAUUUUAUAAUUGGACACGGUAUUUUACGUGCUGAGUUGAGAGACGAAAUAUAUUGCCAAAUAUGUAAACAAUUAACAAAUAACCCAUCUAAAUCAUCACACGCUCGUGGAUGGAUUUUGCUAUCAUUAUGUGUUGGAUGUUUCGCUCCAAGUGAAAAAUUCGUAAAUUACCUCAGAGCGUUUAUAAGAGAAGGUCCUCCUGGUUAUGCUCCAUAUUGUGAAGAUCGCCUUAAGAGAACGUUUAACAAUGGAACAAGAAACCAACCUCCAUCCUGGUUAGAGCUUCAGGCUACAAAAUCUAAAAAACCUAUAAUGUUACCCAUUACUUUUAUGGACGGUAACACGAAAACACUGUUAGCCGAUUCAGCGACUACUGCAAGAGAGUUGUGUAAUCAAUUAUCAGAUAAAAUUGCAUUACGUGAUCAAUUUGGAUUUUCCUUAUACAUAGCACUAUUUGAUAAAGUCAGUUCACUGGGUAGUGGAGGCGAUCAUGUAAUGGAUGCAAUAUCACAAUGUGAACAAUAUGCCAAAGAACAAGGAGCACAAGAACGAAACGCUCCUUGGAGAUUAUUCUUCAGAAAAGAAAUAUUUGCUCCGUGGCAUGAUCCCACAGAAGAUCAGGUGGCAACAAAUCUAAUUUAUCAACAAGUAGUCAGAGGUGUAAAGUUUGGAGAAUACAGAUGCGAUAAAGAAGAAGACUUAGCAAUGAUUGCCGCUCAGCAGUAUUACAUAGAAUAUGGACAAGAUAUGAAUACAGAACGCCUUUAUACUUUAUUACCAAAUUACAUACCCGAUUACUGUCUUACAGGGGUAGAAAAAGCCGUUGAUCGGUGGGGCGCACUUGUAGUACAAGCAUAUAAAAAAAGUUACUAUGUCAAAGAAAAAGUUCCUGCAUAUAGAGUUAAAGAAGACGUUGUUAGUUAUGCAAAAUUCAAAUGGCCUUUACUUUUCUCUAGAUUUUACGAGGCCUAUAGAAACUCAGGGCCAAAUUUGCCUAAGAAUGAUGUUAUAAUAGCAGUCAACUGGACUGGUGUUUAUGUUGUUGAUGAUCAGGAGCAAGUUUUACUGGAAUUAUCUUUUCCAGAAAUAACAACAGUUGCAAGUCAGAAAACUAAUAAAGUUUUUACACAAACGUUUAGCUUGUCUACGGUUCGUGGAGAAGAGUUUACAUUCCAAAGUCCAAAUGCUGAGGACAUUCGUGAUUUAGUUGUAUAUUUCUUAGAAGGUCUUAAGAAAAGGUCAAAAUACGUUAUCGCUUUACAAGAUUACAAAGCACCAGGUGAAGGUUCUAGUUUUUUAACUUUCCAAAAAGGAGAUCUGAUAAUUUUAGAAGAAGAAAGUACCGGAGAAUCGGUGCUAAACAAUGGAUGGUGCAUUGGUCGUUGUGAAAGGACUAUGGAAAGAGGAGAUUUUCCUGCAGAAACUGUAUACGUUUUACCUGCUCUUACAAAACCACCUCCAGAUAUAUUGACUUUGUUCUGCCAAGAGGGUGCACAACAUGGCCGUCGUGCACCUACUAGCACUUUUAAUGGGACGGAAACCAGGGAUAAACCUCAUACUUUAUUAGAAUAUGCUAUGGAUCACUUUAGGUUGCCACCUAAGAGAACAACAUCUAAAGGCCUGACAUUGUCGACAGCGAAACGAGGUGCUGAAGAGUUAUGGCGACACUCAAGAGAGCCCAUAAAGCAACCAUUACUUAAGAAAUUGCAGGCUAAAGAAGAGCUAGCAGAAGAAGCUUGCUUUGCUUUCGCAGCUAUUGUCAAGUAUAUGGGAGAUCUCCCUUCUAAACGUCCUCGGAUAGGUAAUGAAUAUACAGAUCAUAUUUUUGAUGGCCCUCUUAAACAUGAAAUUUUAAGAGACGAAAUUUAUUGCCAAAUAAUGAAACAAUUGACAGAUAAUAGAAAUAGGAUGUCAGAAGAAAGAGGUUGGGAACUAAUGUGGCUGGCUACUGGUUUGUUUGCAUGCAGCCAGGGUUUACUUAGAGAAUUAACAUUAUUCCUUAGGACGAGAAGAUAUCCAAUAGCUCAAGAUUCUUUGCAAAGACUGCAGAAAACUUUACGAAAUGGCCAAAGAAAGUAUCCUCCUCAUCAAGUAGAGGUAGAAGCAAUCCAACACAAAACAACCCAAAUAUUUCAUAAGGUUUACUUUCCUGAUGAUACCGAUGAAGCAUUUGAAGUUGAUUCAUCUACGAGAGCAAAAGACUUUUGUCAAAAUAUUGCGCAGAGACUGAAUCUCAGAUCUAGUGAAGGUUUUAGUUUAUUUGUUAAGAUAGCUGAUAAGGUUAUUUCGGUACCAGAAGGCGAUUUCUUCUUCGACUUCGUACGACACCUCACAGAUUGGAUUAAGAAAGCGCGGCCUACAAGAGAUGGAAUCACACCGCAAUUUACUUAUCAGGUCUUCUUCAUGAAAAAAUUGUGGACGAAUACGGUGCCGGGAAAAGAUCGGGCCGCGGACGUGAUAUUCCAUUUCCAUCAGGAGUUGCCAAAGCUUUUACGUGGUUACCAUCGCUGUGGGCGUGAAGAAGCCGCUCGAUUGGCUGCCCUAGCUUAUAGGGCGCGCUUCGGUGAUAACAAGCAGGAACUACAAGCUAUUCCACAAAUGCUUCGUGAACUAGUCCCCGCAGACCUAAUAAAGCUGCAGAGUUCCGCCGACUGGAAGAGAGCGAUAGUGGCAUCGUACAAUCAGGAUGCCGGGAUGACCCCCGAGGAUGGCAAGAUAACCUUCCUCAAGGUCAUUUACCGGUGGCCAACGUUCGGCUCAGCCUUCUUUGAAGUGAAGCAAACAACAGAGCCUAACUAUCCAGAGUUGCUACUUAUCGCCAUCAAUAAGCACGGCGUUAGCUUAAUUCACCCUCAGUCAAAGGAUAUUCUGGUCACGCAUCCGUUCACAAGGAUAUCAAAUUGGUCAUCUGGCAACACAUACUUCCACAUGACGAUAGGAAAUCUAGUGCGCGGCUCCAAGCUGCUAUGUGAAACAUCGCUCGGUUACAAAAUGGACGAUUUGCUCACUUCCUACAUUUCCCUUAUGCUCACCAACAUGAAUAAGCAAAGAUCAAUGCGGGUGAAAUAAUUAUACAUAAUAUAUAUAUAUAAUAUCGAUAGUGUCAUGUUAUUGCAUGAAAAAUGUAACCAUAGGCCCUCAUUCGCUAUGACAUAAAAAUCAUAACUAACGCAUAACUGUUAUUUGUGACUCAAACAACAUUUAUUGUAUUAAGACGUAUCAUGUCAUAUGACGUUACAGUAUACAGGCAUGUCAAAGAAUCAGGGCCCUGGACUGCCUUUGUCUAAAUUACGUUUUAAGGAUUUAGGGACUUUUUUAUUGCAUAGUGAUAGUUGGGCUCGCUUUUUGGCGAUGUAUUUAAUAUAAUAUGGAUGCUUGAAUAAAAUAAUGUAUGUGUUCGCAUUGUGUAAAUGUGUGAAUAUUAAAACUUAUUUAAUA